CUUGUGCUGUUGGCUCAGUGCUCUGCAAACUAGGCUGCUGUUUUCCUCGGGGAUGAUCGUGGUAUUCUGGUGACUGCCAGUAAACGCUUUAUUGCCCUGUGCACGCACUCGCAAGCAAAUGAAGGGGGAUGGAUUGGGGGGGGACGACACACGACUCCUCCUGUGACUGAACUCUCCCCACCCGUUUCUCCGUUCGUUUUAAUAAGGCUGUUUUGCAUGGGCAACAUUGCUCCCUUCCCUAGGCAUUUGCCGGACUGGGACUCAUGUUUGUAUAUUUCAAAACAAACCAGACCCCUAGGGUUGUGUGGGUAAACCCGAAAUGUUUUUAAGGAGUCUGCAAGCUACUUACAAAUAUUCAGCUCUGGAAUCAACAGGGCCCCAAAUGAUUUAAAUGACUUUUUUAAAAAAAACAAAAAACAAAAAACCCUCCCCUGAGGGUUCAUUGCCCCGUCCCCACAUGAAUUAAACGAACUUUGAAAGUUAGUGUAAUUACAUGUGGAACUUUGGACCUGAGGAAGAACUCAGUGCUUGGAAUGGUGUCAAGAUGCAGGGUCUUCAGUGAGAUACGCAGAAAUGGCUGAACUUUCCCAGCUAAUUGACAGCGAGGUGUUCCUGGCUUAUGCUACCUAUACAACCAUUGUCCUUUUAAAAAUGAUGCUAAUGAGUGUUAUAACAGCAUACUUCAGAAUGACAAGAAAGGCCUUUAGUAACCCAGAAGAUACAGCAACGUUUGGCAAAGGUGAGAAUGCUAAGAAGUUCCUGCGGACUGACCCAGACGUUGAACGUGUGCGCAGAGGCCACCUGAACGACCUAGAAAACAUUGUCCCAUUUAUUGGCAUUGGUCUGCUCUAUGCCCUGAGUGGCCCUGCUCUGUCCACAGCUUUGCUGCACUUCAGGAUCUUCGUUGGGGCUAGAAUCUUUCACACUAUCGCGUAUUUGACACCUCUCCCCCAGCCUUGCAGAGGCUUGUCUUGGGCAGCUGGAUAUGCAGUUACUAUCUCAAUGGCAUACAGGCUGCUGACAACUGGAUUGUACCUGUAACUAGAACACAGCCUCAUCACCCCCUCGACAUUCCACAUGGAGUUUCUAACAGUGCAUUAGAUUAAACAUGGCUAUCUUAAACGAACUGUCUAAUUUUUGUAACAAUUUUUACAUGGUGGCUAAGGCUGCAUUUUUAACAAAGAGGCUCUUCAUUCCUGUUUGAAAUGUUUCUCUUCAAAGCAAAAAAAUUUCCCUCCUCAUGUCUUCUCUAUUCAGUCUGCUUUGCCAAAAAACAUUAGUUUGAAUGUUCUCUCU